GUCAUCAGAAAAAAGUGAAAUAAAUUGGGACAGACAAAUAAUAUUUCCAAAUAAAUUCAGAUAAUGAAGUUGUUUAAAUGGAUCUACAAAGAAAUUAUCGCCAAUUUAAACAGACAACAAAGAAACGAAAAUUAGAACCUUUGUUUACAUAAGAUUUUGGCGUUUUAAUCAGCUGUUUAUCAACCUCCAAACAAAUAAACAUGUGUAUAUAUAACAAUAUUAACUAAUAAAUUAUUUCGUAUUUAACAUAAUGUCUGAACCGUGUCUAUUGUCGAAAGUGGCAGAAUUACUUCGCCCAGUUAGUAAGGAUGUGUUUAAUGGCAAAGGAAAACUGUGUCUUUCUACGUUGUACUUGCAAAAAUUGAACAGUGCUUUCGAUGAACAUGUUCCAGAAGACUUGUCCUCGUCCUUUAACGUUACUGAUACCAAAGCACACCUACAAAGAGACCUACACUUUCUAUUAGAUCUUGUUACAGGUACAGUGGCCUUAAAACUAACACCAGACCUUAUAGGUAACGAAGAACAACAUGAAAUCAGUCUAGGAAGGUUUGGAAAUUUAAAAGCAUUAGAAAUUCAUAAGAUAGACGUGAAAACUAUCACAGGGAUACAGAAAUUAAGGCCUCAAAUACAGGAAUUGACCAAUGUGCACAAUUUAGGUUGUUUAGGAGAUGUUUUAGAUAAAUGCGGAGGUGAUAUGAGUCAAGGACACUUAUGGAGUGAGCUGAAGAAAGCCAAUUUUUCUCAUAAUCAUAUAACGGAAAUAGACAAUAGUUUAGAAUGGACGCCUUGGUUGGUUACUUUGGAUUUAAGCCAUAAUCAGCUGAAAAGUGCGGAUUUUGUCAAUACAUUGCCUAAUUUGAAGCAUCUGAAUGUUUCUUUUAACAAACUGGACAAAGUACCAAAGUUCAAGGGGCAGAUUUGUAAAAGAUUACAGGUCCUGAUAUUGAGUAAUAACUUUGUAGAAGACUUAACAGGCUUGAUAAAUCUGUCUACCCUUCUUCAAUUAGAUCUAAGUCAAAAUUGCUUGAUGGAUCACAACAGUCUCAUGUCUAUAGCACACUUACCCUCCCUGUAUUUCUUAAAUCUUCAAGGAAACCCUGUAUAUUUCCAUCCCCAUCACAGAAACACUACUUGUCAGUACCUGAACAAAAACACGGCAACUUUGAACUUUGUUUUGAACAACAUUCCUUUGAAUAAAGCUGAAAAAUCGUUCGCCGGUAGCAGGCAUCCGAUAACUCAGAGUUCUCUAAGUUCUAGUAACGAUUCUUCGUUGAAUUCUCUUGAAAAUUCUGUGAAUGAGAGGCAGAGGAGGGUGCGCAAUGUAACGAUACAGGAAGGGCAUAGUGUGGUGGCAGAGCCAAAGAAGACUCCUGUGUCUACACCUAAACCGAGUACUGUUCAUUUGGAGAUGAAAAAACAGGUCGAACAACUUCGAAAAGAAUACGGCGACACCUGGCUAUACCGACAUUCCGGAGUAAUCUUCCAAGACGUUCUAGGCUUUGAAAAAUCCACAGUCCUGAGCUCCACACCCUCAGAAAACCACCUAGGCGACCUCUACUUCGCCAAAAACGAAGCUUCGAACGACAGCGGCCUAUUUGAGACAGCCAAAGAGGAACAGACCACCACAGAUGCAAAAGAGAACUUCGAAACAGCCGAGGACAGCGAUUUUUUCAUUUCGCAUGAUGAGCCUGCUGUUGAAGAGGAAGAGGAACCUUUGUCAGAUGAUGAUGACGCUUUCAAUGGCGAAAUGUUCUACGCUGCGACGGGAUCUGACGGAAAAGAAUGCGACUUGUGUCUUAUUGUGACUGAAACGCACUUGUCGGAGAGGGAUAGUGUAUCUGUCAAGGAGAAAGCAAGGUGGAAUUUGAACGUGGUUAUAUCAUGUGAAGUAGGUUCUCUACCCAACGAAAUACAAAUAACAUUCGACACGAUGAGAAAAGACAGACAGAGCCGGACUUAUUACAUAGAAGACACCGAAAAAUUCGUGAAUUUGGUCCAGUCAAAGAUAGUUAACGAAAAAAUCGACUACCAAUGCAUGAAGUGCAAUGAGUCCUUCUCGAGGACAAAAAGUAGGGAUAGAAGAGAAAGAGAGAGUGAGAGCAGCGUAGUCUGUCCGAAAUGUCAAAGUAUUCAUGUUAUAGAGGUGUAAAAAUUAAUUUUCCUAAAAUAUAUCAGAUUUUUUUAUAAUAAAUUAUAUUUUAGUUGUCUGUAUUAAAGACUGUUAAUUAUUUAAACAUUGUCCUUGUAAAAUUUUAUAAAUAUAGCGUCUAAUUUUAU